AUGAACAAGAACCCUUUAUGCAGACUUUACUUCCCCCAAACCACUCAGAUCACCUAUCCGAUCCUAGUGUUAGCGGCCAAAAUCGAUAUCUACCUUCAUACAGUGACACUACAAGCCGGUCGACUGGGUCUUAUUACGGAAGGGUCCAUGGUGGGCAGGACUCGGAGCUCGAAACGCUGGGCCCAACGGCAAACACCUGCACUGAGUACCCUUCGUCGGUAUCCCACACGUCGAAUCAAACUUGUCAAAGGCACGGUAUUGAGUGUCGACUAUCCCGUACCGAGCGCAAUACGGAAUGCAAUCGAGCCCAGGUAUCGCGAUCUUGAAGGACAAAGCGAAGAAUUCACUCACAUGAGAUAUACUGCUGCAACAUGCGACCCUGACGAGUUUACGCUGCAACAUGGGUAUAAUCUGCGCCCUUCGAUGUACAAUCGACACACCGAGAUGCUUAUCGCGAUUACCUAUUACAAUGAGGACAAGGUUCUGACUGCACGGACAUUGCAUGGUGUGAUGCAAAAUGUCCGUGAUAUCGUCAAUCUGAAGAAGACUGAAUUCUGGAAUAAAGGAGGUCCAGCCUGGCAGAAGAUUGUUGUCUGCCUUGUAUUCGAUGGUAUCAAGCCGUGCGACAAAAACACACUCGAUUUACUUGCGACUGUUGGAAUUUAUCAAGAUGGUGUGAUGAAACACGAUCUUGAUGGCAGGGAGACAGUAGCUCACAUUUUUGAAUACACAACGCAGCUAUCGGUCACUCCCACACAGCAGCUGAUUCGGCCAUUCGAGGACGACCCGACAAACCUUCCGCCAGUUCAAAUGAUUUUUUGCCUGAAACAAAAGAAUAGCAAGAAGAUCAAUUCGCACCGGUGGCUGUUCAACGCAUUUGGCCGCAUUCUCAACCCAGAAGUUUGUAUUCUGAUUGAUGCAGGGACAAAACCGGGCCUUAAAUCCUUGCUCACUCUAUGGGAGGCAUUUUAUAAUGAGAAAGAUCUGGGCGGAGCCUGUGGCGAGAUUCACGCCCUCCUUGGACCUGGCUGGCGGAAAGUGUUGAAUCCAAUCGUGGCUGCGCAGAACUUCGAAUACAAGAUCUCCAACAUCUUAGAUAAGCCUUUGGAAAGCAGCUUCGGAUACGUGAGCGUUCUGCCAGGAGCAUUCUCAGCCUACCGUUACCGAGCGAUUGUUGGCAGACCCCUGGAACAAUACUUCCAUGGCGAUCAUACCUUAUCAGGGAGAUUAGGGAAGAAGGGUAUUGAGGGGAUGAACAUUUUCAAAAAGAAUAUGUUCUUGGCGGAAGACAGGAUCUUGUGCUUCGAGCUGGUUGCAAAGGCUGGUUGUCGCUGGCGACUGACAUACGUGAAAGCGUCGAAGGGAGAAACAGACGUACCUGAGAGUCCGUCUGAAUUUCUUUCUCAGAGAAGGCGAUGGCUCAAUGGAUCCUUUGCUGCAGGGCUGUAUUCAAUGAUGCAUUUCAACCGUAUAUAUCAGAGUGGUCAUAGUCUUCCUAGGCUAUUCGUCCUUCAUGUGCAGUUUGUCUACAACGUCUGCCAGCUCAUCAUGACAUGGUUCUCGCUGGCAUCCUACUGGCUUACCACAUCUGUCAUCAUGGAUAUCGUGGGUAUUCCUAGUGCAGUAAACCAUCAUAAGUCCUGGCCAUUUGGAAGCGAGAUCUCACCAAUCUUCAACACGUUUCUCAAGUUUGGCUAUAUUGCAUUUCUCAUACUCCAAUUCAUUCUAGCCUUGGGAAAUCGACCAAAAGGGUCCCGAAUACCGUAUACGCUCUCAUUGAUCUAUUUUUCUAUCGUCCAAUUCUAUAUUCUUGUGCUCUCAUUCUAUCUCGUUGCCCAAGCUCUGACUCCCGAGAAUCUCAGCUUCAAUCUCAAGGACGGUAUUGGAGCCUUCCUGAAACAAUUUGUUUCUUCUACCGGAGGAGUCGUCCUGGUCGCUCUGGUGUCCACAUAUGGAAUAUAUUUCAUCGCCAGCUUUCUUUACUGGGAUCCUUGGCACAUGUUCACCUCCUCAUGGGCCUAUUUCCUGGGCAUGUCAUCUUCAAUCAACAUCUUGAUGGUCUACGCAUUCUGCAACUGGCACGAUGUCUCAUGGGGGACCAAGGGAUCCGACAAAGCCGAUGCCCUGCCCUCAGCGCAGACACAGCAGGAUGCUCAAGUACCAUUCGUUGAGGAGCUAGACAAGCCACAGGCAGAUAUCGAUGUGCAAUUCGAACAGACCGUCAAACGAGCACUUGUUCCGUGGCGUGAACCGGAGGAGAAAGACGAAACGACACUCGAGGACUCGUACAAGGCUUUCAGGACUAACCUCGUGCUGUUCUGGACGUUCAGUAAUGGUCUGCUGGCGUUAUGCAUCAAUAAUGAUGGAAUCAAGAAGCUUUGCCUUACGACAACUUCCACCCUUCGGACAGCGUGGUACUUCCGGGUGGUCCUCUGGGCUACUUCAGGUCUUUCUAUCUUCCGGUUCAUGGGCGCGCUGUGGUUCCUUGGCAAAGUGGGCAUUUUGUGCUGUUUCUCCAGACGCUAA